AUGCUUUUUAGACUGACUUUUAUUUUUUUAAUUCAAUUAUUAGCAAUAUAUUUCUUCAGUUUAGGUUUUUUCCCAAAGAAAAAUGUAUUGAAUGGAGCCUCUACUUUUAAUUACAAUGUUUCAUUACAAAAUAAUUCUAAACCUGUAUUCGACAGACUAAUAUUGGUUGUCAUCGAUGCCUUACGAAGUGACUUCAUUUUCGAUAAACAUAAUUCAAAUUUCCACUUCGUUCAUUCAAAAUUAAAUUCAGGGGAAGCAUGGGGGUUUACUGCAUUCGCAAAUCCCCCAACUGUCACAUUACCAAGACUAAAAGGUAUUACCACGGGUUCCACACCUAGCUUCCUUGACGCUAUUUUAAACGUGGCUGAAGAUGACAAUUCGUCAUCUAUCUCAGAACAAGAUUCUUGGUUACUUCAAUUACGUAGGUUUUCAAACCAUAGGAUAAGGUUCUUCGGCGAUGAUACUUGGCUGAAAUUGUUCUCUCCAGCAGAAAAAUUUUUUGAUGCGUGGGAAGGAACAAAUUCUUUUUUCGUUAGCGAUUUUCAAGAAGUAGAUUAUAAUGUGACUAGGCAUAUACAGACCCAAAUAAAUGAAAGAGAUCAAUGGGAUACUUUGAUUCUACAUUAUUUGGGUCUGGAUCACAUCGGGCAUAAAGGUGGCGCCUAUUCCAAAUUCAUGCCUAAAAAACAGAUUGAACUGGACACUAUCAUUCAACAAUUAUACGAGGAAAUCAUUGAUGAGAAUUCUCUUCUGGUGUUUAUGGGUGAUCAUGGGAUGAAUGAUAUAGGUAACCAUGGCGGAUCUUCUGCUGGUGAAACACACGCUGGUAUGGUGUUCAUGUCACCGAAAUUACUACAAUCCAGACCUUUUGAAAAUGUAAGUGUGCCUCUUGAUACACCAUUAAAUGAUGAUGGUGAAGUCAAUUUUGAAUAUAUGAAGCAGAUUCAACAAAUUGAUUUGGUGCCUACAAUCUCAACAUUAUUUAAUGUACCAAUCCCUAAAAAUAGUGUAGGAAUAACAAUUUCAGAAUUUUUGCCGUUUUUAGAUAAUGAUACAAGAUUAAUUAAGGUUUGGGAGAAUUUUAGGCAGCUUUCUAUCUUAAAUAAUGAAAUAAUCGAUAAAGACUUUAAAUUGUGGGAUAUAGAUAAACUUUAUUUAUAUAUGAAGGAGGUUCAACAAUCUUUAACAAGAUCAGCCACUAAUUAUAACUAUACAAAAUUGGCUAUUGGAUAUGUAUUUGUUGUUUUAUCUGCUAUCUUAAUAUCUCUAUUAACCAUAAAAGAAAUGCAGUUCUCGUCUAUUAUGAUAAUGCUAGUUUUCAUAUCUUCAAUGAUAGGUAUGUCAACCUUUAGUAGUAGUUUUGUUGAAGAAGAACAUCAAAUUUGGUGGUGGAUCAUUACUGGAACUUUAUUGUUAAUAAUAGUUUCAAGGCCAAAGAAAAAAACUACAUAUUUCUCAAGCUUGAUUAUAUUUAUUUGUCUUAGACUUAUUCGUGGAUGGAAUAACACAGGCCAGAAGACGGUAUAUUCAUAUGUUAUUGGUAAUCUUUUAGAUGAGACUCCAAGUAUUAAAUGGAGUUUGAAUUGUGUUACAAUUUUAUGGUUAAGUAUCCUAUCCACUUUUGAUUAUUUAUCUCCUUUAGCUCAGCUUAUUUUACCAGUAAUAAUUCUUUCAUAUAAAAUUAAUUGGACUAUCGUGGACAAAGAGAGUAUUCCUGAUUAUUUGAAAGAAAUGGUCAAAGUUAUUACAAAGUAUUUAUUAAAAGAAGAUCAUAUGGUUUUAUUUGAAAAUGCUUUGAUCCCAACAGCAUUAAUUGUUUAUAAGUUAUUUUCCAUCUUAAUGCUUCUACGCAUAUUUUUAUUGGUCAUUAAGGGGAGUAAUAAAGAGAAAUUUAUUAAAAGUUUAUUCAGAGAUAUCACGAUGUUUUUACUAUACCUUUCACCAUCAAGGAACAUUCCUCAGUACUUAUUAUUUGAUAUAAUAGGAAGGUGUGCAACCCAAAUAUUAAAAGAUGAAUUCAAAAGUUCAUUAUACUUGAUCCCAAUUGUAUCCAUGAUAUUACAGCAUUUUUGUUUUUUCCAGUUCGGCGGUUCAAAUUCUAUUGCAACUAUAGACCUAUCUAAUGCAUACCAUGGGAUAUCUUCGGAUUAUAACAUAUACAUUGUUGGAUACUUAAUGACAGUGUCUAAUUUUGCUCCUGCUAUAUAUUGGACCUUAUUUUCGUGGCAAUAUCUUUACAGUAAAAGUGUAACUCAUAAAAAUACAAAUAAAUGGGAGAUAUUUGCAAAGAGUAAAUUACCCUUCAUAUUUUUUAAUUGUAUUAUUGGGUGUUGUUUGUUUGCUUCCUGUAUAAUAUUAAGAUACCACCUAUUCAUUUGGAGCGUGUUUAGUCCUAAGCUUUGUUACUAUUUUACUUGGAAUUUAUUUAUGCAAGGAGUAGUAGGCUGGAUCUUUGAGAUGAUAACAGUGGCCUUUUUAUAG